UCGGCUGGGGUGGAACAGUCCUGGAAUGAGUAGAUACAAGAGAGACGAGAGCUAGAUGGAGGAAAAUAGCGAGAGGCCAAAAAUCAAGAGAGGGCCAGAUGACCUGGUGGAAUUGAGGGAUACAACAACAUUUCUGGCUUAAGGGGGACGCUGGGAUGGAGAGGACAAUGGAGCGGAAUAUUUCUUUUCUGCAUCUCUUGACACCCUAAGGAGAGAGCCUCCUGUGCAGAGUGGAGACGGGAAGGAAACAGGAGAUAAUCACACUCCACUUCGCUUUGGCCUCUCUGCUGUAACGAUUCAAAGACUCGGUCUGUAGCCUGAAAUGUUUGUUUUCUGGUCCAUGCUUGAAAGAAAUCGCUUCAACUUUCUGCUUUCUUACAAUUUUUCUGAAUGACGUACCAGCGCGGUUGGAUCUCAGCUUCAUGUCUCCAUGUCUGCCGGUGCAGGAGGGAUGGUGGGAUGCUCUAAUGGCUAACUGAGCCGAGCUCCAUUGCUGCUGCUGCUGCUGCUGCUGUCGUUAGUCUGUAGGCCCGCGGGACUGGUGGAAAAGCCUCGCCCUCGCUUGUCUGGAGCGCCUCGCCGCACGACUGAGGCGAUGGGCCGGUGAGCUCCCCAACUGCGCCAUGGGUGGAGGAGGCAUCGGAUGAUGAGGAUGAGGAGCACCGUUAGCCUGCUUGCCCAUGGGAACGAGCAUGUACAACGACCGUUUUCAUCAUUCCAGCCCCAUCAGUGAAGCUUUGAUUUCUUCUGCAUCAUAGAUGAUGUGCGUAAGGCCUUCCUGUCAUUCCUAACGGGAAACUGGAUUUCACAUUUGGAGGGAAGGAGGUAAGGGGCCUGUGCCUCCCUACUACUUGAUCCGAGCAAGGCCUCCUCCCGACUAGCUGCUUCUGAGUAAACCAGGCCCUUGCGUUUCUUUUUCCUGACAUUCUAAGGAUUUGCCUAAACCUGUUUCAUGCAUGUCCACUGGAGGCAGGUUUGACUUUGAUGAUGGGGGGUCGUACUGUGGGGGGUGGGAGCAGGGAAAAGCCCACGGUAGAGGGGUCUGUACGGGGCCACAGGGUCAGGGUGAGUACGCAGGGGCAUGGAGUCAUGGCUUUGAGGUCCUGGGUGUGUACACGUGGCCCAGUGGGAACAACUAUCAGGGCACCUGGGCGCAAGGCAAGCGGCAUGGAAUUGGAGUGGAGAGCAAGGGCCGCUGGGAUUAUCGAGGGGAGUGGACGCAAGGGUUUAAAGGUCGCUACGGACAGCUGGAGAGCACAGCUAGUGGCGCCCGCUACGAGGGAACGUGGAGCAACGGCCUCCAGGAUGGAUACGGAACUGAAACCUAUUCUGAUGGAGGAACCUACCAGGGCCAGUGGCUGGCUGGGAUGCGUCAUGGCUACGGUGUGCGGCAGAGUGUGCCAUACGGCAUGGCGGCCGUCAUCCUUUUCCCUCUGCGAACGUCCAUAAACUCCCUCCGUUCUGAGCACAGUCACGGCCCCCCAGCUGUGCUUGAGGACGGCGUGGCCAAUACGCCCACGGACGGGGUAGCGGCUGGGCUGGCUGGCAGCCCUGUGGGCCGAGGAGGGUUUGCUCUAACUGCCCCAAGUGAAGCCGAGCGCCAGAGAAAGAGGAAAGGUCGCUUCCGACAAUCCAUCCUAAGCGGCCUGAAACUACGACGCUCGGAAUCCAAAAGCUCCCUUGCCAGUCAGCUGAGUAAGCAAAGUUCCUUCUGCAGCGAGGCCGGUAUGAGUACGGUUAGCUCGGCUGCGUCCGACAUCCACUCCAAUGCCAGUGAGAAUGAACAGGGUACUCCUGUGGAUGCAACUGUCACAGAAAUGUAUGCAGGUGAGUGGCGGAGCGACCACAGGGCUGGCUGGGGGGUGGGUCGACGCUCGGAUGGCCUUCACUACGCAGGUGAAUGGGCAGGGAACAAAAGACAUGGGUACGGAUGCACUACCUUUCCUGAUGGCACCAAGGAGGAGGGAAAGUACAAACAGAACAUGUUGGUGAGCGGCAAGCGCAAGAACCUGAUUCCGCUGAGGGCCAGUAAAAUCCGAGAGAAGGUGGACCGAGCUGUUGAAGCUGCAGAAAAGGCUGCGGAAAUUGCCAAGCAGAAAGCUGAGAUUGCCAUGUCAAGAAUGAGCCACGCUCGUGGAAAGGCAGAGGCGGCUGAGAAAGUUGCACAGAAGGCCAUGGAAGAAUGUCGACUGUCACGUAUAGCUGCCAAAGAGCUCUCACCCUCCUUUCACAUCUACGGCAAUGGGCUCGAAUGUCAGAAGCCCCAGCACCAGAAUGUCAAGGACAAAGACCAUGAAGUCAUCUCCACCGGAACAGACAGUCCAGAGCUGUGUACUCCGGAUACGACACCGCCGGUAAUAACACCUGAUCUCAGCCCUGUGCUGAGUGUCCCCAUCUGCCCAACCGGCAGUCCACCCAAUCAUGUACAUCGUCCCAGAAAUGCUUGCUUCAUGAGACAGAGCGCCGUGGACGAUCAGGGCGGGUCAGAGAUCCAGGUGCUGGUGGAGUCACGGGGUAUGGAUCUGCCGAAAGUGGGUGCUCACAACUGGGCGGAUGACACGUACCCGGAUCGAGGAUGUAGCAGCCGCUCGACCACACCCUCUUUACUAGAAGAACAGGAGGGCCAGAUUAAUGGUCACGAUCCAGUACCAUUGACCAACCACAAGCUCCGUGAGAAACCAAGUUCCAAUUUCAAGGUCCGGGAGCACACUUCUUCCCACAGAGAUUGGGAGCAUUCCGUGUCCAACCAAAAGUCCUCUAAGCAUGCCAUUUCCACUCACAAGUCAAGGGAACACGCGUCAUCCAAUCAUAAAACCUGGGAUCAUUCGUCUACCAAUCACAAGGCCUGUGAGCAUGCCUCUUCCAACUACAGGCAGGUUCACAUUUUGUCCAAUCACAAAGCCUUGGAACAUAACAUGUCCAAUCACAAGACUUCUGAGCAUGCUUCCUCCAAUCACACCUCCCAGGAUUAUGUUGCCUCCAAUCACAACCCCAGUGACCACGUUGCCUCCAGUUACAACUUUCGAGAGCAUGUCUUCUCCAACCACCGCCGAAAGCAGCACAAUCCCCCCAACCAUAAGCUUAAUGAGCAUGCUGUAACUGACCAAAGGCAAGAUGGCCUGACCGAGGGUUGGACUGCUGAAAGCACCCUUCGGUGGAGCCCCGUCCAUUCACGCCUCACGGAGCAGGAUGAGGAAAGGAUAAAUGAAUACACAGUAGACAUGAGGCUUCAGUGUCCGGAAUCGCAGCUAUCUCGGGGCCUGUCUCCGGAAUCGCCAGCCCCCAAAAACAACAGGCUGCGAUCCCGAGGCCUGAGACCAGUUCGAGAGGGAUCUGUGGACUCUGUCCAGAUGCUGGACAAUUUGAGUGCGGGGGCGGAGCUCGAGGACUGGCCGCUGCAAAGGGACCUCACCCUCUCCCCACCGUUUCAGUCUCAGCCCAUCACUCUGGAGCAGGAAGGAGAGCUUCUCAGCCUCAAAUCAAACUCAGGCUCCAGCUCCAUUCUGGUGGUUUUGGUCAUCUUACUCAAUAUUGGAGUAGCCAUUCUUUUCAUCCAUUUCUUUAUUUAAGCUAAAACAGGUAUGAUCUACGAAGACUUAUCGAUGACUGCAGUAUAUUAUAUUAUUACUUAUUGAGAUGGGCAUUCUGCUUAUUCCACUGUAGCCCACAGCCUGAAUGACGGACACAGAAUCUUAGUGAAGAGGCCCAUUUCAGUUUCUGCAUGAACGCCAUUCCUUUUAAUCUCUUAUUUUGAGCUUGCAACCAUUAAAAUAUGAUUGAAUAAGAUUCACAAUAAAGUGAAGAUCACAGCUUUA